CUCCUCCAGCCCUGGGAUUUCAUACCGAAGGACGUUUGUGCUGCUGUUGAAGCUCGCGUCGGUGGCUCGGAAGCGUUUUGGAAGGCCAACACCAUCCCCAUCGUCAUCUCCCGAAACUCUGACUUCAAAUCCAGCAUCAAUAAGAUCAAAUCUUAUCUCGGGGCUUACCGCAACCCGCUUUCUACUAUCCCCAUGCCUUCUACCCCCAUACUCAAAUCCGCAAAUCUGAUUAUUCCGGUGGCAGCACAAGGUGUGGCGACCUCGAAAUUGGUUAGUAUAGUAGAGAUGGCGAAGAGAGUUGUUAUGCCCAGCCAGACUAGGAGUGGCAUUGUGCUGGAGGAUGAGGAUACUAAGCAGAAGGUGGAGGAAUGGUAUGCGUAUACGAGUUUGGGGGGGAGGCUUGUGAGGAGUGGGAAGAGUCAGGGUGGGAAGAGGAAGAGGAGAGGGAAUAGGGGUGUGGGUGAAGCUGAGACUGGGACUGUAGAUGUAGAUGUGGAUAUGGGUAGCAAUAGCGACUUCAAGCAAACAUCUUUUCCCGUCAUCACGAUCUGGCUGGCCAGAUCAGAGAUCCCGGAAUUCAGAGAUGCGUUUGGUGAGCAGAGGUUUAAGGUGCUGGGGCUGGGGGAACAGGAU